CUGUCCUUAAGGUGCUUAGCAUUAGUAAUGCCGCCUUAGUAGCUAAUCGUGAUAGUAGUCCGCUUCGUGUCUCGGUAGCCGUAGCUACUUCUUUAGCUUCACUCUUAGCCUUUUCUCGUCCUUACGCUAGUCUUAGGG